AUGAAAUUAAAGGGGAAAAUUUUUAACAUAGGUUUAUUAUUAUUGAUAAUUUUUAUAUAUAUUAAAAAAUGUAAGGGUUACAUAUUAAAUAUUAAUGUAGUUGAUAAAGAUGACUUAUUUAUAUUCCUAUAUAAAAAUGAACAUCUUCUAGCUUCCAGUUAUUAUAAUUUUAAACCAUCCUAUUUUUUUUCAUUUGAUGAAGGAGAAAUAAGUAUUGACUUAAAAAUAGAUUUUAAGGAGAAUAAAAUUGUAAAAAAAAGAAAUAAAAACCAAGAGGUAUUAGCUAAAGCAAAUAAAAAUUCAAUUAAUAUAUUAAAUAAUUUUAAUGUAGAUAAAGAGUAUUUUAAUAAACAAAGAAGUUAUAAUAUUUACAAUGAUGAAGAAAUAAAUACAAGUAAAUCAAAAGGAGAAAAUAGUUUAUCAAAUUAUAAGUUAGAUAACAGCAAUAAUAAUAUAAAAAGCAAUGAAAAAGAUAUAAACGAUUCCUAUAAAUCUAAUAAUAUAUAUCUAGUAUUAAUUACAGCAAAUCAAUGGAUAAAUUAUAUAAGAUUAAAAAAUAAGUUAGAACCAUCUUUAAAAAAUGAAGAAAAUUACAUUUUUACAUCUCAUUUUAAUUGCAUAAAAAGAUAUCCUCUAAAUAAAGGAAGAAUUCAAAAAAUAAUAAAAAUAAAUCAAAAAAAUAGAUAUAUGUUAUUUUUAAUAAAUAACAAUAAAUUAAAAAUUAGUCUAAAGGGAAAUGUUAUUUUUUAUGACUAUAAAACUAAGCAUCUAUCACACGAUUUUCAUUUAAUUCCAAAUGUACUUUUAAUUACAUCAUAUUUAUUAUUAAUAUUAGUAUUAUUUAUAACUAUAUAUUAUAUUAAGUAUAGAACAAAAUCAGACAUAUUUAUGAUUCUUAAUAUGCUUUUUUUUUUGCUUUCUACAUAUUUUAAUUAUAAAAAUGGUUUUAGCAAAUAUCUUAAAGAAAAUUCAAGAAGUAAUUUCAUUUAUUAUUUAUUUGCAAGUUUCUUUAGAAGUCAUCUAAGUAGAAUAGAAAUUCAAUUUAUGAUAUGUUUUUCAGUUAUAUCAUUUUACACUGGUCUUUUUGAAAUAUUUCUAGGGAAUUUUCAAGCACCUCGAUAUAUUUUACAAGCUUUUGCGUAUCUAUUUAUUUUUAUUGCUAUUAACUUUACAUCAACUUUUCUUUCAGCACGUUUAUCUGAAGAAAACUUAUCUUUUCACGUGGCAGAAUUAUAUAAAAAAUAUGAUAUUUACAAGAAAUAUAGAUUAAUAUUUUUUGCUGUAAUAUUAAAACCUAUUUUGUUAGUUAUUUAUAAAGUUUUAUGCUUGUCUCCAUCAAAUAUUGAUUUAUACAGCUCACAUGAAUUUUUUUAUGUUUUUUUUGAUAUUACUUUUGACAUUAUUCUAUAUGUUAUGCUUUUUGUUUUAUUUCGGCCAGCCAAACCUAUAAAACUUUUAAAACAUAUAUUAAGCAAUGAAAAUUUUCACAUAGAUUAG